CACUCUGUUGGCUCUCAAUGCUUCUGGCUGUAUUUAUGGUUGGGGAAGCAAUCGAUAUGGAUUAUUGCUAGAUUCUGAUAAUGACAUUCAAACUUCACUUCCUACUUUAUUACCUUUCGAUUACACCACCAAUGUAUUUACACAGAUUGCAUGUGGAGAGAAACAUUGCCUUGCUAAAAGUACAGCCACGAAUCAAGAUUCAAAAGUUUGGGGAUUUGGAGACAAUACUUAUCAUCAAAUUGAUGCCUCAACUGAUACCAUCAAAUACUCUCCUGUUGAUAUUACAAAUGGAAUAUUUGGUGGAGACUGUCAAGUGACAACAAUUUUCGCCACUUAUCAAACUUCUGGUGCAUCAUGUCCUAUGGAUGGAGGAAAUAUUGCAGUGUGGGGUAGAGACUUGACCAAAUUAGAUGGAAGUUACACCAAUGUGAAUGUUUUAACUUACCCAUACUUACAAGUACCAGCAAGGCUUUUGAAAGGUUAUUUUGUUGGAGAAGUAAUUAUUGCAUUCAACGAUUUGAAUGAAAUUUAUGUACUGGGUGAUAAUUCAUUUGGUCAAUCCUGUGUGGGAGAUUUAAAACUAGCUCAGUUUCCAUUAGAGGUGAAAAUGCCAUCCGAGUCAUUGGUGGUCUCACAAAAUUCACACAUUCAAAAGUUAUUCACCAUUUCUAGAACCAGUUUGAUAUUUUCUACCUUGAUUUCCAAUUCUUCGACAAGUGACAAAUUUCAAAUCACCGCAUGGGGAGCAGGGUCACAUUUGAACAUUGUGUCUAACACGAGUUCUAUCGAUCCUACCAUAGUAUUGAAUCAAACAUUUCCUUUCACAUUUUCUGAAAAUAUGACUUGCUUGGAUAUUUUUUGUGACUCGGCUGUCAUGUUGACAUCAGACGGAGCAUUUUAUGCUUGGGGACAAGCCACCAAUGCACGACUUGGUAUCGAUAAUAUAGAUGGAUAUUUGGACACUCCAACCAAGGUCACUGAGUUCAAUAAUUUAACAAGUGUAGCCACUGGAAAUAGUCACACGUUGGCCCUCACUUCAGAUGGUGUUGUUUAUGGAGUAGGGUCGAAUUCAAAUGGUCAAUUCUGUUUGGGAAGUUAUGACAUGAAUGCAAAAGAAUCAAAAUUUAGAAAAACUGGAGUUAACGAUUAUCUGGGAGUCCUUAUCGCUCAAAUAGCAGUUGGAGAAGAGACCAGUUAUUUUUUAACAUCUCCCAUUGGGGAAACCGUACUCGCAGGAAAGAAAGUGAAGAAAAUUAUUUUACCACCCACUUCACUCUAUUUGUUUAUAAUCACUCAAGAUGGAGAAUUGUACAGACAUUUGGGAAUUACAGAAAAAAUUACGUUACCCAAUGCACAAGAACAUGUCAUUGAUGUAACAACUUUUCGAGAUGGAACUUUGGAUUUCUUUUAUUUUGUCACUUCAUUGGGUAACAUCUACACAAUGGGAUCUGACAACUCGUAUUUUCAAAUUUCACAAGAUCCAACUGUGAAAAAAUUAUUGACACCCACUCUGUAUGCCACUAAGGAAUCCUUGGGAGGAGUGCCGUACUUGAUUUCUGCAAAUAAUUACCUUCAAGUAGUGGCACUUUCAUCCGGCUGGAAAUGUUAUGGUAUGGAUUCUACAAAUCCCAAUGUUUGUUCUGCAUCAGGAAUUUGUGUCGACGUCGAUACAUGUGCCUGUAAGAGCAAUGUUCUAGGAAAUGAUUGUUCCUUAUUUUCUUGUAAUGGAACCUUGAAAAACGAGACCAAUGUUUGCUCUGGAAAUGGUCAUUGUGUUGCUUGGAAUCAAUGUAAAUGUAACGAUGGAUAUACUGGAACUUGGUGUGACCAGUAUUCUUGUCUUCAAAAUGGUCUCGUAUGUAGUGGAAAUGGUGAAUGUAUUGGACCAAAUGUGUGCUCUUGCAACAAUGGUUGGUUUGGAGACAAGUGUGAAUUCAAAUCAUGUUUUUCUGAGAAUGAGACCUAUGGCGGAGCUUCUGCAAAGAAGAGAGUAACGAUGAAAGGGAGACUUUGUUCGAAAAUUAAUACAUAUUUGUAA